GGGAAAUGUGAACGCGUUGUCGCCGUGCGUGUGUGUGUUAGUCGAGGCAACCUCGUCACCCUCAGCGCAUUAAUUGUUGUUUAUUCUCAUUGUUGCUGCGAGCAUGAAGACGAAGAGGGGCAAGACGAAGAAGUUGCCCAGCGAGGUGACCCCGUCGACCAGCCUGCCUCCGCUGGUGGAAGGGCAACCACGAUGUUUCCUACGCAUCAGGGUGGGUGCCCUGGUGUGGUCGUCAGGUGGAGCGGGUCCUCGGGUCUCCACGCUGCUCCACACUCCGCUUGUGCGUUUGCGCUGGUGGGGGGAGGGUUCAGGCGGCACCAUCUUCAGACCCCACUUGGCUGGAGGCACUCGUUCGCCGCAGAGCUUCGCCCGCUUUUCCGUGUGCUGCGGACCAAAGCAGUUCUCUUCCUACCUGUCAGACAUGGGAAAUCUGGUACUGGAAGUGCUUGCCAAGCUGGAGCACCUUCCUGUCGGGCGCGUGCACAUCAAUCACAUCUCCCGGCUGUCGGCCACGCAGCCGAUCUCCGGCUCCUUCCCCAUCCUCUCCUCCACGUCGCAUAAGCUCGGAGAGCUGCAGGUCUCUAUGACUCUGGAGGCUCUGGCGGACACAUCCGACGGCAGAAACUCGGUCCCCACGACGGACAUGAGUGUGAAUGGCCACCAUGGGGACGCGUCUGCUCCUCUCUCCUUGGUCCACGCCUCCGUGGAGGGCGGCUUAGCAAGCGUGGAGAUGGAUCCAUCCACCCGUAGGCUCUCGUUGCAGUCGAGCAGUGGACAUGAGUCCGCAGGAAGCAGCCUGCCAAACACCCCCAGAGGAAAGGACCACCUGUACUUCCAGAGUGGACACAAAGGCACCACGGGAAAUGACGCUUUCAACUUGGAGCAAGUGUCGCACAGUGGUCUGCUCGUGUCACCCAACAAAGAGCAGCCUUCUUCAACCGAAGCCAAUCAACAACUUGGUUACAACCAGGAUCAACAGGCAGAAGAGUUUGGUGGGACCCAGAACACAGCAGAUGUUAUCUCUGUGCUUCUGGACCGGGGCAGACGUUUGAGGGACGCCAUGGUGGUGUCGUCCAUGCACAUUGACCCUCCCCAUUCCACUAUGAACGCGGGACCUACUGAGACGUUUUCACAUACGGGCAACUCCGGGCCGUCCCCUACCCCAUCAGUGAAGCUGCUAAGGAACCUGUUGAAUGCUGAUGACUUCCAUGCACAUGGCGGCAAGGGCUUCCCACCUCCGUCUCUCAGGUGCCUCUGUCAUGGGGCUACGGUUGGACCCGACACGGAGCUCCGUAGUGAGCCCAUCGCAGACACGGAGAUGCGAGCUGUGGAGCUGCUCCUUGGAAGCUCGGACAUGGGUGACCUAUCGGCGCUGGGCUACUGGGACGGGACGGGCUCGAUGCCGGACACACCGCUGUCGGAGCGCGGAGGCCCCAUGGACGAGAGUGAUAUCAACGGGCCACUGCAUGACCAGAGCCUCCUGGAAGACCUCUUCUACAGGGGGCUGGGAUCUUCGGGCAGCCAGAGUGAAGCGGGAUCUGGAGAGGAGACCAGGUCACGGCGUCUGGGUGGAAAGGGCCCACAGGGGGAUGUGGACCGGGAUGUACCACCCCCGGAGCCCAUCCACCCAUCAUCACUCCGGCAAUCCAGGACCGACGGUGCCCGGCGGCAGCCGCCUCCGUCGCAGCAGCAGCUGGCUUUGGAUUUGGAAGCGGGCAGGCUGGCGCUACUGGGACGCGUGCACCUGGCCCGCGUCGUCGUCGGAGCGUUGCACCUGCCCGGAGAGGCGGCAGCGGUGUCGCCCACGCGCCACGCUGAGGGCCGCAGCUCAGGGAAGCCCCCUCGCCCUCGCAUUGCCGCUGGGAAAAAAUGCACAUAUUUUGUGGAGUACCACUUCCCGGUGCCGACAAACGUGAAGGACGCUUCAGGGCAGACGGCACUGAUGACAGAGGUCACUCGUGUUGCAUCCAGCAAAAUCAUUGGAGGAGCGGUCAGGUUCCAGCAGCGCUCCGUGUUCCCCGUGUUCUUUGGCGGGGAGAUGCUGCGCCACUGGUGGAACACGGAGCUGCUCUUCAGAGUGUACGCACGCCGCGCCACUCAGAGAAAGGCGGCCCUGGUAGGCACGGCCCACCUGCCCCUGCGUACCGUCAUGCAGUCAGAACAGUUGAGCGUGAGUGCUUCCCUGGGGGUGGAAUCCAUUCCCAGUGAGGAUGGGGCUGAGCUGAACCUUGGACCCCUAAAGGUAUCCAUUGAACUGGCUGCAGACAGCAAGGACUUCACUCAGUCGAUGAGCAAACCGGCCGGAGGAAACAAGCACGUGGCUUACACUGUGAGCAGCCCUGGCCCCAGUGCCCGCCCUGCUGACGCAACGCCUCACCAGGCACCAUUGGCAAAACGCCUGGAUGCAGGCGGGCCAGUGCGAAGCCUGUUGGCAGAGUUUGACUCUUCGACAAAGCCCAUGCAGCCCGGUGGCAGGAGCAGCAACAACAAUAACAAUGAACACGUCUACGAAGAACCAGAAAAUGUCCAGGGGCCCUUGCCACCUCUGUUGUUGCAUGCCCUGCUCCUGGUGGCCGAUGGGAAGAGGCUGUACAGCCCCUCGUCACGGCUGUCUGGGGGCAGCGCCCAGCAGGAGCCCAGCAGUGCGUACCUCGUGUGCAAGCUGUUCAGCAGCCAGGAGGUGACUCGCUCGGCCGUGUGCUGGAGCAGCGCCACUCCUCUCUUUAACUACUCCCAGGUAUCGCCUGUUCAGGUGACCCCUCAGCUGCUAGAAAGGAUGAACAACAACGUGAUGGUGAUCGAGGUGUGGAACAAGGAGGCCGGACCUGGACCGGACCAGCUCAUUGGUCUGGCCAAGCUUCCACUUCAUCAUUUCCACAUGUCUUUCAGAGACCCAAACGUGUCGCGUCUGCUGCUGGAGGCGCAGUACCCCGUGGUGGCCGUGGACGGGUACAUGCCCGUGGUGGACGUGUUUUCAGGGAGUCGUGUUGGCGAGCUCCGGGCGCUGCUCGCUAUGGGCUCCUCCAAUCAGGUGUUGGCACUGCAGCGGCUGAAGGGAGAGGAGGUGACGUCCGUACCCACUUUCUAUCGUGCCGCCCGUUCGAUGGGCGACUCUGCAGUACAGCCUUCUUCUUCCCAGGUUCCGUUGCAAGAGCCGGAGCAGUUCGGUCUGCGGGAGGAGCACAUGUUUGAGGUGCACGUGGGCUCCGUGCGGGGUCUGGUCCCACUGCAGUCCGGAGUGUGGGGCGAGGCUGACUGCUACGUGCAGUACCACUUCCCUGCACAGCCCAACGCGGACGAGCCAGGCCUGUCCAUGUGUGCGUACCGCACGGCCACAACGCUGUGCGUCCCGGACCCCGUCUUCCGGGACACGCAGACGCACGCGCUGGUGGCCUCGCCCGGGGAACCUGUGCAGAGGCUGCUGCUGGAAGCGUGCUCGCGCCAGGGCGGCCCGGACUCGCCGGGCGGUGGGGGCAUCCACUUCGAAGUCUGGUGCAGGUACUACUACCCGAAUGUGCGCGAGCAGCUGGUGGCUAGGGGCACUCUGCCGCUAGCCAAGCUGUGCGCCAUGGUGACGCUGCAACGGCGUGGGGAGGCGGGCGCGCAGGCCUUCUCCCUGCCUCUCAAAGCACAAACGGCCCCCGGGCAUCACCCUCCACAUCCAUCGGCGGGUUUGCUGGAGCUGAGCGUGGCGUACAAACACAGGCCCAUCACAGGCCCCACACAUGCCGAGCCCGGGGCGAGCCCUCACCUUGUGACGCUCGCUCUGACUGUCCAUCGAGCCAUGGGCCUGCAAGCGGCCGCCAGGCUCGCGGCGGAACGCGACCCGUCCAUGCACUACCCGGCGGAGGCGGGCGUGAACGCGUGCGUGUCGCUGGGCCUGUCGUUCGCGGUGGCGGCCGCUGGUCGCGAGAACGUGACGCGUGCCGUGGCGCGCUCCUUCUCCCCGGAGUUUGAGCACGGGGCCGAGGUGGCGUGCCACGUGGUGUCACGCGGCACGGCCGGGGAGAGCCGCAGCCUCGCCGAGACGCUCUGCUCCGCGCACGCCAUCUUCACCGUCGUGCACCAAAACUCGCGCGGCCGCUCCAGUGACGCGGCCCGAGCAAGAGGAGCCGUCCUGGGAGUGACGCGAGUGCCUCUCGCCGCGCUCCUGUCCCGCACCUCAGGAAUCCAUGGCUGGUUCCCGGUGAGCCCGGCGGGAGUCGGCCAUGGAGGAGGAGGGGAGGCACCUGACCCUCUAAACCAGUGUGUCGGUGGCCUGGAGCUCUCCGUCGCCUUUGCACAUGCAGGCGACCGAGAGAAAGUGCUCCAGGCUGCUCGGUACCUGGGAUGGAAGCAUCAUUGCUUGGAGCAGGAGGAGGAGGGUGAUGCGAUGUCAGAGGAGGCCUUCAUUGAAGCUACCGUUGCUCUCAAAGUGGCCGUGCCCAAGGCCUGGCUCCCAGAAAGAUGCCUUCCCGACUUCAACGCCCCGUCCCGCCCCGCCCCGGAGGACAUCCACUGCUAUCUCCGCUACCGGCUGUACGAUGCAGAGGCAGUGUGCUCGCGGCCACGCAGGCCCCAGCGCUCCUGCGAAGACGGGGCGGCUCUAGACCUGCACCACGCUCGCACGUUCCGCCUGCCGCUCGCUCGCCCACUGCGCUGGUACAUGCGGGAGGAGCGGCUCGAGCUGCAGCUGUGGGCAUCUGGCGCCGGGCAGAAGAUCGGCUCUCGCUCCCGGCGUCCGCACGACACGGACCGGUUGAUCGGUUCGGCUUUUGUCGACCUGUCGUCUCUUGUGCCGCCGCGGCCGCAACGGCACACUCAGAAUAAAUGCACAGUGAGCGGUGUGUACCCGCUGUUCAAGUACGGCGCCGAUGACUUGGCCGGUGCGGCGCUGCGCGUGCAUGUGACACGCUCCCUCGACGGGCGACACGUCUCGGGUGAUGCCACCAGUCACGCCGCCCUCCCAUCCGACGGUGAAGCCACCGAUGACGAGGAGGAGGAGGACGACGACGAUGGCUACAAUGACAGGGAUGCGACGAACGAAUCAGGCUGGAAGCAUCUGCGGGGGGACAAUGAAUUAGACGGCGAAGGGAGGAGCCGCGGAGCGAAGAGAGACAUCGGAAAGUGUGGAACGACGGCUCCGAGUGAGGACGAGGCGGCCGACAGCUUCCCGGCACUCGUCAUGGUCGAGCGGGCCAUGCACCUGUCCUGUGUGGGGAGCCCACGGAGUCGCCAGGGGGCACCGCCGCUCAGCUUCCGCGUCUCCUAUGCAGUUUGCGGCGCUGCGGAGCCCGUGUUCACCGAAGCCGUCGGCACCUCCAGCUCGCCCGUCUGGGAGCACCACCUUCAGACACGCCUCUCAACACAGCUUCUCCUUGACCCCAGGCAAAGUCUGGUCUUCAAAGUGUGGCACAGCACAGGUCAAGGGGAGCGUGCGCUGGGAUUCGCGUCUGUGGACCUCAGCGCGCUGCUCUCGGGCUUUCAGAGCGUUUGCGGUUGGUACAACGUCGUGGACGUUAAUGGGCAGUGCCGGGGCCAGAUCAAGGUGGCCGUCACGCCCACCGAGGGCGUGGUUCACCUCCGGGCUGCACGCUGGCAGCACGCCGAUACCGUCCCAGUGCAGCCAAAGUCCCGAGGACCGCAUUAUCAAACAACUGCCGUCUACAGCAUCUUUCCAAGCCAUAUCAGCAGAUUCCCUGAGCAGCACAUCAGUACAAACGCUACGCUCAAUGACAGGGCAACGGCGGCGGGCGUCGGCACAAGCCGCUCGCGCUUCCGGGAGCACCGCGACAACGUGCGCCGCUUCCACCAGUCUCUGCAACAGCCAGAGGGGAGCGCGCCCGGGGAGGCAUCCGGUCCCACGCAUGCAGAGUCCGUGGGCAGCAACGGCAGCAGCGGUGGCAGCGUCAGCGAUGGAAGUGGAGACUCCAGUGAGCCCGCGAAAUCCACCCUCCUGAAGAGCCUCAGGAAGAACCUAAGGGAGCUGGACGACAUGCAACGCUUCUUCACCAAAAGGCUGUCGGUCGUGCCGGAUCCUUGGCAGAGGCAGUCGGAGGGGCCCCGUAAGGAAACAGUCGGGGAACAGAGCCACCCGCUGUGCACGGGUGGCACAGAGCCAACGGGCACGGGCGGUGAGAUGCAUGACGAGCUGCUGGAGAAGUCCAGUCGCCUGGUGUCAGAGGUCAACAGCCUCAUGUGCGGUUUGCGUGGUGCAGCAGGCACGGCGCUGCCACCUUCGGCACAAGAGCCUGCGUUCGAGGAGAAUGCUGACAGCAUGGAGCCGGCCCUCCUGUCUGAUCGAUCAACGACCGCCAGGGAACACGAGCCGGCUGAUUCAUGGGAUCCAGUGGGCAUUGGUGACCACCUGCUGCCCAUCUCGUUUGAUGCGGAAACACCUAUGUCCGCGCGCAUGUUUACAAACGCUGCCGAGCUCGCAUCUGGCAGCCUGUCAGCCGAGGAUGACGACUUCCGUCGAGGUGAACACUACGCGCACCAAAUCGACGGAUUUGAUGACAUCAUUGGCACUGGCGUCAGAGAUUUUGUCAUCGGGAGCGCAAGCGAUUACGGUGACGGUGACUUUGACGAGCACGUCGUGGAGCCACGAACACUGAACGACAUCUCGGUGAUCACGGACAAGACGAGCCCCUGGUCCAGCGUCGUGUCCGACCCCGAGUCCCACGCUCAUGGCAGACCCAGAGCAGAGUACAGUCUCACUUCACUCAUCCCGUUGGAAGAAGGCACGCAGAGGAACACAAGCAGUCCUGAGCAGCCCACUCUUACUGCCGCGCCCGACUUUGAACAGAUAGACACAGAUCCUGCUGUGAUGGACGAUGGUGAAAUAAGUAGACUUGCAUCUGUUGGCUUGGAAGAGCUGGGGCCUGAAAGUUCAGAAAAUGAUAACACGCCCAUCCCAUCACAGGGUAUGCAUUCACAAAACAAUGACCACUGCGCGUUGCUAGAAGUGGACAUCAACGAUGAACAGUUUGAUGACGCGAGGGCUGAUGCAGAUGCUGAUGUUGCAGCCUCCUCGGUGAGUGCUGCUGCAUCGGUUAUUUCGGAGCGACAGACUGAGAACACCCUUUCUGAAAAUGAGGAGACGGAUCACAGGGAAUCUGAAGGCACGCGUGAGAGCCACGGUUCUUCUUCGAGUCACAGCGAUCAAGAGCAAACCACUGAGAAACGUGUCGGUGAGAGAGCCUCUCGGGAAGAACGCAGAGCAGCAGCAAGUGAUGAGCACUCAUCCGAUGAGGAGCAGGAGGCGCAAGGAAUUGAAGAAGUGAAGGAAAGGGACUUGAAUGUCCCUGGACCAGAGCCUCUGCCCAACUUCUUCCUGCCACCUCGUGACUUGGAGGCUUCAAUGAGGGCACUGAGGCUGGCCCCUGCAUUCCCUGCAUUCCCUGCAUUCUCCGCACGGAAGGAGGGCGAGAUUGGCACAAGCGGGGCAAACGCGCGCCGCACUCCGCGACUCCAAGCCCACCUGGCACCGUCACUUCCCCCAGACCAAACCCAACGCAUCGCGAAGAUCUUUUCCAGCCGCUACUCCAAGCCAGAAUAGUGCGUGCGUGCGUACGUGCGCACACGUGCCUGCGUGCUUGCGAGUGGACAUGCGUGCCAGCGUCGCGCUGAAAGGUCUCGAUGUCUCGACAGUGAGCUAAAUCUGUGGGAGAGUCUGGCCAACUUUAAACGUGCAUUACGGUUGUGGUGCUGGGGCCGUGCAGGCAAUGCUGGUAUCGGAUCGCCCUUCUCUCGAUGGCGGUCUGCCGACGUGAUGCCUAUUGAUAUUGCAGGUAUCACCCUGAUAUCGGAUGUCCCUUGAAAAGCAAUAGCUCUCUUUUCCUCGUGUCCUCAGUACUGGUAAAAAAAAACUUGAGUAAUUAUUUAUCAACUUUUGCAUACCUUUAGCAAUAUCUUGCGAUAUAGACAAUCUCCAGAUAAUACUGAGAAAUUGGAAUUGAUGGUCAGUGGUUUCCCACUAAAAUGGGCAUGGAGAGUGAUCUUGUGUUUACAGCUCGUGGCGAGAGCGGGUUAAACCUAAAUUGAAAACUCAAUUCUUUAGAAGUGCUUUUUGUGUUUAGUUCGUUGUCCUUCCGCAGCACGGUUGGCUACGUACGGUGUGAAAGAAGUUCAACAUUACAUACAUAAGGACAACCAGUGUUUAACUUCACACAAAUUAAUUGUAUUGACCAAGCAGGGAUAGAGGGCCGAAUCCACCCUUGACAGGAAUAAGAACUCGCAUGCACUCUGACCACUGUACCUCCUAGCAGGAUGUUAGUUUAUAUUCUUAACAUACAUGGUAUCACAAUCCUGCUCUUGCUAUACACAUGAGUAUUGCAGUGCUUGGCAAUGCGCCUAUUUAUAUACAUUAUAGACACGUAUAACUCAAUGCUGGAUAGUUGAACUUGUUAAAGCCACACCUUCCAACGUAUGGGACCAAAUGUAAAAAUAGAAUAGUUUCAACCACAACCUUUGAGCCAAUCGUAACCUUCGGUUAUAUGGUGCAAUUUUCUUACAAUAUUUCUCUUCCAUUUAGAUGUAUUUGAACAAGGUUCAUGCUUCUGUUUGAAGCCGAUUACACCGAUUAAUAUUUGUCCAUAAUAUUAUCAGCUGCUAAAGAUUUAAAGCUUUCGUGACUGCAGGGAUUCAUAUUCCUGGUUCUUUCGGUAAAGUCACGUAGAAGUGAAAUAACAAAAGAAUAUGAAUAUAAAACAAAAAAAUAAUUUUUUUUAUAAUAAUAUUAUUUUAUUAUUUCACUUCUACGUGACUUUACCGAAAGAACCAAGAAUAUAGCUGCUAAAGAAUUAUGGGGAAAAAAAAUCGACAUUUAAAAUAUACACUGGAACACUGUCAAAUAGAGCAUGGCGCACUUUGUCCUGUCAACACCUACAAAUUAGACUUCCAAACAUGGGCAGGCAGGGCUUUUCGGCCCUGACAUGUGAGUGAACACAGUUCCCCCCACACUUGUGUACGACGGCAGUAGCACGCGAAUGCGCUGGAGUUUGUGAUUAUAUUCUUGGGUGUUUUCGGUAAAGUCACGUAGGUAAAAUUUUAAAUAAAAUAAAAAUCACGACGUUUCGGAGGCAACACAAGCCUCCGAAACGUCGUGAUUUUUAUUUAAUUUUAUUAAAAAAAUUUACCUACGUGACUACCGAAAAAACCCAAAAAUAUUAGUCCUUACAGUCAUGAAAGCUUCGAAUCUAGUUUGUGAUUAAUAAGUGCACUUGUAAUUAAGAGUGAUUUUUUUGUGUUUGUUUCAGUUGUGUGCGAUGUUUUUGUCGUGUUUUCAAACAUGAGUGUGUAUUAUGCAAACGAAGUUAACCCGAGGGCGGAGGCCUUUGGGACCCUGUUCCUUGUUUUCCAGUUUAAACGCGUGCAGCUGAACCAUGCAUAAUAAAAGGAAAUCAUAAAUUAGUGAAUUGGUCGGAAUGAGUUUCGCAGUGGUUGUGUCAACCACUGCUCCACUGGAACGGUCGUUUUGAGAGGCGAUCGUUUGGCCAAGAUCGGUUUGAGCUUGGCAUGAGACACCUUCACCGCAUUCCAGUCACUGGAAUUAUGCCACCUGUCUUGAAACUAGGAGCAGAUAAGGAUGCAACACAAUCCUUUGUUGGACUGUACGUCUAUGCUCCCGCAUCUAUGUACUCCCAGCCUCCAUCAAGCCGCACUGACCGUGAUGAUGAAGUCUGGUCGAAAUUUCCCUGCACUGCAUGAAGAGGCCUUCAUCCAGCAGUAGAUGGACAGAAAAGCUGUAGGAGUGAAACUAAGGGCCAGAAGUACAAAGCCUCCAAAGCUACAGAUGCAAAAUGUUACAGCCUGCAGAGUAACCUCCUUCUCAAGAUAGUUGUUGAAGCAUGAUGUCACCAUGAAGUUGUUUUAUGUCACCUUCAUGAGCCAACUUUUAACCCUAAACAUGUUUUGGAAUCUAGCCGAACUGCACACAUAUUUUGGGCAGCAUUAACAGUGGCUGUUGAUUGUAUAGACUGCACCAAAUAGGUUCUUAUCUUCCAGAUUCAUUAUGCUGUGUGUAUAUUUUAUACAGUUGAAUUAUAUACUUAUAUAAGUUGAAUACAAUAGAAAUUAAAUGUAUCUAUUGAUUGCUUUAGAAGCACACAUUCCUUCACGUACCCAGAGAUGUACAUUGUAUGUAAUAGUAUCCCUACAGAUAUUUAUAAAGUAAAUGUUUUGUAUCCAGUCCUGGAUAAAACGUGAUUGCACUGAAAACAAAUAAAAUUCUCAAUUUUACAUUUAAUGCAGGUGCUGUAUGUUAUUGGGAGAUAUUGAAACUUGAUUUAACCUGGCGAAAGUCAGUUUAACCAGCUGUUUCCAAUUAAGCAGACUGUUUUCAGCAUUAUGUAAUCGGUACAGAUUGCUUCACAAACUCGGGAUAAUACAGUACUCGUUUAAAUCAUAUGGCUACUCUGAGUAGUUCAUUCCAUCUCUGAUAGCU